AUGGCCACUACGUUACACACUGCGAGGGAUUUCAUACUCGUUUCCCUCCCCAAGAAUGUGAACCCACCGAGUUCUGUUACCGAUAAGGACACCGAUACCUGGUUACGUGAGUCUCUAGCGAGCGGCAGAACAUAUGUGUGCUCCUUCAACAUCCCUGAGUUUAAGAUUGGGUCGCUGGACUCGCUCAUUGUUGAGUCCGAGGAGCUUGCGAAGGUGGAUCACAGCGUGGACGUGUCGAUACAGAAGAUCGUCGAGGUGCUCAGCGGGAUGGACGAGGCAGGUAGCAACAAGUACAAGACCAUCCCGAUCAAGAACGUCCCGAUCCCGGAGUACCUCGAGAACUUCCACUGGGAGACCCGCAAAUUCAAGCUGGACAAGUCCAUUGCGCAGCUGAUAGACGUCAUUGGCGACGAGUCCUCGCAGUUGGAUCUCGAUGUCAGGGCGACACUUACGUCGUACAACACAGCAAAGACGAACCUCGCGGCCGCAGAGAGGAGGAAGACCGGAGACCUCUCUGUGCGCUCGCUGCACGACAUUGUCAAGCCAGAGAACUUUAUCCUCAACUCGGAGCAUCUAACGACGUUACUGGUCGCCGUGCCCAAGUCGCUAAAGCAUGAGUUCGAAUCUUCUUACGAAAGACUGUCGGCGAACGUCGUCCCGGGGAGUGCCUCCGUCAUCGCAGAGGACACGGAGUUCACAUUGUACAACGUUCACUUGUUUCGCAGAAACGCACCGGAGUUCAUCUCCGCUGCUCGCGAGAAGAAGUUUGUCCCAAGGGAAUUCAACUACUCUGAGGAGCUGAUCGACCAGUUGAAGAAGGAGCACGACUCCGCCGCGUCCAUGGAGCAGUCUCUGCGUGUGCAACUGGUGCGGCUCGCGAAAACCGCGUACUCGGACCUUUUCAUCAACUGGUUCCACAUCAAGGCGCUGCGGGUCUACGUCGAGUCUGUGCUGCGCUACGGCCUGCCCCCACACUUCAACACCAAGAUCAUCGCCGUCCCACCGGGGACUCUCGCCAAAUGCAAGACGGAACUGAUAAAUACGUUCAGCUUCUUGGGAGGCAACGCCUUCGUCAAGGACAAGAAGGGCAAGAUCAAGAAGGAUGACGCAGCACUGCACCAGUACGCGGCAAUGGUCGACACAGAGUACGAACCGUUCGUGUUGUACACCAUCACACUGUAA